AUGUCCAACCCACGACCAAACCCAAAUCCAAAGAAAGAAAAACGUCCUCCACUCACCCACUUCCUCUGCCUCCCCCUCAUCAACGCCACCUCCCUCCCACAACUCGAAUCCUCCCUCGCAACCUUUAAAGCCUCGGUCCCAACUUUCCAACCUCCACAAGAUCAACACCAGCACCAUCAUGAACACCACCAACACCAACCACAACCCCUCAUCCCCCCCUCCGCCCACCGCCCCGUCGGCACUCUCCACCUCACCCUCGGCGUAAUGAGCCUCCCCACUCCCGACCGUCUCUCCCAAGCAAUCCGCUUCCUGCACUCUCUCGACCUAGAAGCCAUGCUUCGCGAAACCCCACAAUCAGAAGCAGCAUCAUCAGCAGCAGCAGCAGCACCAGAAGCAACCGCAUCUCCCUUCCUCAUCUCCCUAGAAUCCCUACACGCUAUUCCCCGCGCCAAGGCAGCAACGGUUCUGCAUGCCGCGCCGGUGGAUCCUACGAACCGCCUGUAUCCGUUUUGUGUGAGGUUGAGGGAUAGGUUUCUGGAGGAAGGAUUUUUGGAGCAGCAGAGGCAGAUGGAUUUAGCUGAGGAUAGUGCAAGGGAGGGUGGGAUGAUGGUGCCUGCGCCGACAUCUGCAACUGCAGCUGCGCCUGUGGAAUCUAAGCCCAAGGUACGGCCAUUGUUACUGCAUGCUACAAUUGUGAACACUAUCUAUGCGAAGGGGAAAGGUGGUGGUCAUGGUGGUCGGGGAGGCAGAGGUGGUAGGGGAGGGGAUGGCAAGGGCGAUAAGAGGAAGAGGCAGUAUACCUUUGAUGCGAGAGAGAUUCUUGCUAGGUAUCGCAAUUAUACGUCUCCUGGGGAGAGUGUCGAGAGUACUGAGGCUGUUCCUAAUGCCGCAGUUCCUGAUAAUGAAGGCUCAGGGUCAGAGGGUGAGGGUAGCCUUUCCAAACGGAAAGGCACACCCUUCGUCUGGGCGAGGGAUUUCCCCAUCGAGUCGGUAUGUAUCUGUGAAAUGGGGGCCAAGAAGCUCGUGCCGGACCUUAAUGGCAAGGACGAGGGCAUGAAUGCACGACUAGGGGAGAAAUAUCGCGUCGUAGCGGAGAAGAGUCUGCUGUUCGGUCUGUGA